CGAAGAGACGCAGAGAACGAUGAUCGCGGUGACCAGCGCGAUGUGGUGAUCAAAUCGGUAAAGAUGUAAGAGUCAUCGCAUCGUCAGCUGUGUGGCUGCAUGGUGUAUACUAGUCUGCAAAGUCACGAGUCAAGUCUGAACGUCUGAACGCCGAGCGAAUCGAAGUGACGGCGACGGUCUCUGUAGUAGCGGCGGACGUGCGCUAGUGUCGGCAUCGCUGCUGCUCGAUCCCCUGUCUUUUAACACAUACAUAUAGGCCUCCUCCUUCAACUUUUGCCAGCGGAACAUCGAUUUUUAUAGUGGACUAGUGGGUAAAGAUAUAAGAGAACAAGAAUCAGCUAAUUAUUUCGGAUAUGAGUUCGUCGCCGUACGCCGGGAAUCCGGAUGCCAUGCUUGCAGGUCCGCCACCACCACCGCCCCCUCCACCACCUAUGUCUGGUCAACUACCACCUAUGAGAAUAAAUACUACAGAGAAUGUAGCAGCAAAGAAAGCGCAGAUAGUUAAUAAUGAUGUUUACGAACCACCAGCAGCAAUUCAGAAUGCGAUGUUGACAAAGGAUAAGAAACCAUUUACCUACACUCCAGGUAUGGGUGGUAAAUUAGAUUUGUCGCAGAUUCGUAGCCCGCGAAUGGCGAGAAGAGUUGCGAAAAAUGCCAACGACGAAGGAAUAGAGGGGCCGCCGAAACUUGCCGUCGAGUCGAAAUCGUCAUCGAUCGUGGCUCCUACCGCGGCAAAUUUUUUGCUGCAACCACAGGUCGCGGUACCAGUCUUUCCUUCCAACAUGCCAACUCAGGCCCAUGUUAACAGAAUGUCAUCAUCUCAGUUUAUCAACAGGACGCCGUCGAAUGUCGCGGACAAGCAAGCCGAACCAUCGAAGAACAUUACAAAGAUAGAUACGAAAGCAGUACCGAUUAACACUCCCGAAAGUCCGAGUACACCGACGCAAGUUACUUUGGCCAAGGCUCCUACGCCCUGGCUGCAAAAUAAGAAUAAGCCUCAGGAGGAAUUGCCCGAAUGGGCGAAACGUGCGUGUAUCAAUAAAGUGGUUAGCAGCGACCCAUCGGAAUGCGUGCCUGCUUCUCCAGUUUAUCUUCAGCAAUCGCUACCACAGCAUUCAGAAACGAAACAAAAACAAGGGCAAAAACAACAUCUGAUUUCGCUGAGUCAACAGCCAAAGUCGCAACAACAGAAGCAGAAUACCAGUUCCGCAAUGUCUCAACAAGUUAAUCCGCAACCGCAUGAGCACGAGCAUGUUAUACCGAUUCGAAUCGAGGAUAGACCGUCGAUAUUUGACGUGAAACGUGAUUCUGGUCAUCAUCAAUUUAAACAACCUCCAACUUUGCAUCAUCAACAGCGAUGGGGUCAAAUGCCUAGUCAAUAUACGUUAGAGAAUCAGGCGCAAAAUUGUCCACAGGAUCAAGAGCAGUCUCAAAUUCGCAUUGCAACUUUGCCCCGCCUGGAACAACCGGUCGGAACUACCUACAUCAUCCCUCUCGUAGUGAAAGAUAGCGACAAAAAGACAGCGCCUUCUAAUGCCGAAAAUAAUUUCAUUGAAAAGGCUGCAAAAAUUGUACAACAGCGGAAUCCUAACUCAAUUCAACAGCACGAGGCUGGUCCAGUUCAAUCACGAUCAUUUCGUGUUCUUCAAAAAAUUACGGACACGGAUGCAGUCAAUGAUGUGGGUACAGAACAAAUACGUAAAUUGGAGUUGAGUGAAGAUGAGAGGCUACUUAUGAAUAAAUUUAAAGAGCAAGUCGAUCAUGAGACUUAUCUGCAUCAAGAGGAAGAUCCGAGAUAUCGCGGUGCAGCAAUACCUUCGCGAGCUUUCCGUUUUUUACAAAAUAUGACAGAUUCUAAUGAUGCCACAGUUACUUGCGCAGCAUCACGUAAUAUACAAAACGUUGCAAGUAAGAAGCAAAAUAGAAAUUCAAAAUUGUUUGAUUCUUACAUAGAAGAGACACAAACAAACUUGCCGCCCAGUGAACAACAAGUUCAAGAACCGAAGAAAUACAUGGGUAGUGCAAUUCCUUCUCGAUCCUUCAGAAUAUUACAAGCGAUGACAGCACCAGAAGGUAAUGCCAUGCAAGAAAAUCGUCAAGCAGAUUACACCUGCCGAACAGAGAAUAACUUGCCGGGCAAUCAGCAGAGUAUAUUUCUUCCUCUUCAACCUAUUCCUUUAUGGUAUCCCGAGGGUUGGUGGGGCUAUUAUCCCGUGCAGUAUAAUGCUGAAUCCAAUAAGAUUGCAAAUGAAAUGGACAGACAUUCCUUUCCUUUUUAUGCAUAUCCGAAUGGAAGAACGUAUGUUGGAUCCUUUUAUCCUGUUUGUAAUGAAAACUUUGCGGACGCGAUGACACAAAUGGGAGUUACGAGCCAAGAAAAUUCUCCAGGACAAUACGCUGGUUACGCGGCCGUGAUUUAUCCUCAAGCAGGUUACAAUGAUGUUCAACCUACAUCGCACAUCGUUGAAAACAAAUGCAAUUAUGUCGACAAUCAUUUUACCACUGCCGAUUCAUUUUUCAGUCAAAAUGAUAAAUUAGAUUUCGUGUUAAAUGGCACGGUUAAUGAAUCAAAAAACAUCGUUUUGCCCAAGAUUAAUCACGAGAUUAACCAUUUGGAUGCACAGUCGAAUGACAUGUAUAAUUCCAAAAGUGUCAGCGAAAACUUUAAUAUCAAUAGAGAAAAAAAUUGCAUAACCACGGCGAUGAACAUAAUUGACGAGGAGGACAGCAUAUCGACGGAUAAUUCUAACAACAUUGCAGUUACUAAUAAUAUCGAGAUGCCAGGAAAAAAAACAUUUGGCCCUUAUAUUAACGUGCCAAAUUACACCUACAUAGAUACUAGUGAAUCUAGUGCUUCUAGCGAUUCUAAUGAUUCCAGUGACUCUAGCGAUUCUACCUCGGACAACGAACAACUCUUGGAUUCUUGUCAGAAGAAUCACAGCCAUAGCAACGAUACUAUUUCCAAUAAUACGUCAUCCGAUAAUGAUUCUGAUUCAUAUAUAGCUUAUUCCAGCAUGAACCCUUACGGGAAACUGGAGAAAGAUGCGUGCGAUUUUUCUUCGAACGAGAAUCGCACGGACAUCGCUGCUGCAUGUUCGACAUAUCCUAGCACUAAUAAUCUACACGGAUGCUCGCGAGAUUUUUCCGAAAAUUGUAAUCACACCGAGGAAAUACGUUUCAGUAAAGAACAUAUCGAUUGCUCAGACGAUCGUGUAAACUCUCAUGCAAUGUUUCAGCAAGAUACCUCGUACAUCGCAAGCGAAAGAUGUAACGAUGAAAAUUCAGUGAAUGAUCAAAACGAUCUCGACUCCUAUUCCAGUAAGAACACCGAACGCCACUCGGAGCAAUACGGUCAGCGAUCGGGUCUCGCGACCGACAGCACCGUUUUCCACGCUCAGUUGGAUGUCGAUCGUGAAAACGUGAAACAACCGGACUCUGAAACUCCUUAUUACAAGGAUGAGAAGGACAAUAAAGCUUUCUUCGAAAUGACCGACGAUCCUCCUGACACCAACGUCGAAAGCACGAUGGUCAGCGUGAGCUUGCCCUUGAGAUUCAAGUUUUUCGUAUCGGAAGACAACGAGGACAUCACCACUGUGAUUGUCGGCGAUAGCGAGAUAAAGGCAGAAAAAUCCUGCGAGUACUCCUCGAUGAAGGAUGAUGUUUGCGUCGACUUUCACGUCGGUAACGAUACUAGCGUAGAUUUUACAGUAAAGGCACAUCUUUUAGACUCACGGAAUAAAGCACGAAGCAUCGAGAGCGCGAUACCACAUGUAGAUUUCACAUUGAGGAAAGAUCCAAUGGGAGUCAGCGGCGUUAAUUGCGGAAAACAGAAUGUAGAGACGAGAAUGGGACAUGGCUUCGGGAUAAACUCCGCAGAACCAACAUCGAGAGACACCGAUGACGAUGAUACUGUUUCCGAAUCGAUAGUGGUUACACGGGAUACCUUAAUGCAUGGUGAAAAUCGCGAUUACACCCAAGCAGAAUCUACUUGUAAUAAUAAUGUUGAAAGUAUCGCUUUUGGCAGAACAGCAGACGACAAACAUGGUCGAUGUAUCGAUCAGGAUCUUUAUCGGACGCAAAACGUAAAGUUGAAAAUCCAAGGUCCUCGCGAAGACACAGACGACGAGGAUAGCGGAGUGACUUCCGAUAUAAGUCGCAUGAUAUCCGAGAUUGACACGGAUUCGGACUGUACUUGUUCGAAGAAUGUGAAAAAGUAUCAACGAACUCAGACGCAUUCGCGACUCUUUCGGCUUUUGAAUGAUGAUUCUAUUCCAACUCUAUCCAGUUAUCCUAAAAUAGAUAUUAGCGGAAAGAAAUCGUCUCUCAGCUUGCCACUCAAGAUGAACGCUUUCAACUACGACGACAAUCACUGCUCCAAUUAUUCCAGUGGCUUAACCUCUCCCGAAUAUUCGCCCAUUCACGAGCAAUCUUGGCGAAGAUAUCACGAAGCCUCAACGACGAACACAAGUAGCUUGGCGAACUCGGCAAAUGUUGAUACCGAUCAGCUUGCGAAUCAACGAGAACAGAACGUCUUUUCGAAGGAUGAUUCUUAUUUCCAAGAUUGGAAAAGCCCAAAAUUAUCUAGUUUACGCGAGCAGGAUGUUGUGCCUUCUCUAGCUUUUAAGACAGUUGAUAGCAAGAUACCUUCUUGGACGUACAAGGUGAAUGUACUGUGUCCGAGAAUCAAGAGUACGAAGAGUGUGCCGCAAACUCUGCUAGCACGGCACAGUGACAAGACUACCGAUCCGUCGCGGAUGAUUCCUUCUAUCCCAACAUCCUGUACAAAUUCUAAAACCAGUUAUUGCUGACGGUCCAGGGUGGAAUGAGGCCAUAUGUUUGCUCGCCGCUGCGAGCAACUGCUCUCCAUGAUUCACGGACAUACUUUUCUCUCAAUUUUCUUCGCAAGACAGGGUUGGGUAUGCCCGAGAUGUUCUACGGGCUACGUGAUUUUUUUUUCUAUCGGUCCCGAUGCAACUGAUUACUAAUUGUGAGAGAGGACGAAUGAAAUCCUCCUUAGGCAAAGCCGAAUUGUUAGUGUGCUUUUUUCUAUUUUGUUUACAAAAUAAUCCUUAUAAUGCUUCUUUACAUCGCAUUUGCCGAUUCUCCAACAAAAAAUUAACCAAAGACUUUCUUUAAAGAAAAUUGCAAAGAUACAUUAUUUUAAAUUAUGUCCGUUAAAAGAUAAUUCCUAAAGAUACGCUACCGUACGCUACCAAAUAAUUGUUCAAACUUUGAAUUUUGGUAUUAAGAAUUUGUGUAAAUGAGAUUCUAUUUCAUAGAUUUUUCGAUGUAUAAAGGUAAAUUGGUAAUUUUGUUUCAAAUCGUCAUUAGACACGAUCAAUAUUCACGUACAAUCGUGUGAAUUUGCUUUUGAAAUUUUAAUCAAUUAUAAAAAAGAAACUCUAUAACAUUUUAAGAUUUUUUUAAACAAUUUUCAAAGAAGAAACUUGAAUAACUAUAUUGGGAGAUUGGCUGUUUUGAUAUGCCGCAUCGUAACGUAGACAUAAUACAAUACUACGUGAGCAAAUGCAUGUGGUUUAUUUAUUUAAGACAAAUGAGAGAUUGUUAUAUGGAAAUUGUGUAAUAAUACUCUUUUUAAGAAUAUUAAUCAUUAUUUGAAAAUAUAUGUGUAAAUACAUAUA